AUGUAUUUGGAUGUCAAAGCAACAGGUGAAGGAGUACUGAAAUCAAUUACAGUAUUUAUUGGCAUUGAUAAGUCAUACACUGGCAUGUAUUGUUCUCAAAAUAACACUGUCAACUUGAAAGUAUCAGAAAAUGCUCCACCUGGCACAUUUGUGGGCAUUAUAAAAAACAAGGAAGUGAUAAAUCGUAAUGAAAGGAUUAACUUCACGUUCCAUGGGCAUCCAUAUGGGAUAUCAAUUAACAGCACUACUGGAGCUGUAACAACAACUGCUCCAUUUGACUAUGAAAAAGAAAAUUUGUAUUACUUCAAAGCUUUUCUGCAUGGAACACAAAGCACUACAAUAGAAUGCAAUAUUUAUCUAUAUGUUAUUGACGUAAAUGACAAUGCACCUCAAUUCACAGCUAGUGAAUAUGAAGUUAAGGUUCAGGAAGAUGCUCCAUUGGGCUAUAUCAUUUUACGAUUACAAGUUAAUGAUUUCGAUACAGUGAACAAAUUUAUAUAUGAGAUAUCUGUAAUUGGUAAUGAAAAAAAUUGGUUCGGGAUUAAACCUGAUGGACGAAUAUUUCUUGUGGCACCACUUGAUUAUGAAGAAAACACAUUUCACCAGUUAACAAUUACUAUUUGUGAUCAAAAACUACCAGAAAAAUCAUUUCAAACAACGACAAAAGUCACAGUAUCAGUUGUGGAUGUAAAUGACAAUGCUCCUCAAAUCAUUUCACCACCUGUUUUCGUAGUACUGCAAAAUAUAGCCCCAGACACCAUUAUUGGCCGCAUAAAAGCUAAAGAUCCUGAUAAAGGGUAUAAUAGUCAACUACAGUAUCGUAUUUUACCAUGGUCACAUCCCGAAGGAUUAUUUACUAUUGACUCUAUUCAUGGAUAUUUAAAGGUACGUGAGCAAAUUUGUGAUGAAACAACUGAAAAUUAUCAUUUCUUGGUUGAAAUAGCAGACUUCGGUAUUUCGAGAAGGCUUUCAACAGUCAUCGAAGUAACUGUCAUAACAUUAUCUAGCAACAAAGGAUCAUUAAAAUCAAAACGUUAUCAUCAUGUAACUGUUCCAGAAAAUGCUGCAACUUUUGCAAGAAAUGCAAAGUUUGAAAUAGAAGAUGGGAAUGAAGAUGGCUACUUUUAUGUAUCGCCCACAAAUGGAACAGUGACUGUCAAUCAACCCUUAAAUUCUCCUAAAAAAUCGAAUUAUAACUUAACAGUCUCGUUGUUAUCGACUAGAAAUUCUAAGAAGAAAAUAAGUAUUAUUAUCAUCGAUAUUCUUACGAUUAACGAUGAAAAAAUUCGAUUUUUUGGCGGAAAUCAAAAAGUUUUCUAUGUAGGUGAAAACAUUGAAGGGCCUUAUCCAAUUACAGGUAAUAGUACGCUUUUUCGCCUCACAGCACAAACAGGCGAAUUACAAAUCAGAGAAACACUUGAUCGAGAAUUCCAAGAACAGUAUGAGCUAGUAGUGCAAGUAAAUGAUCUCAGUGCUCCGCGACGCCCUGGAACGACCAGUACAAUAACAGUAAUUGUAUUAGAUGAAAAUGAUAAUGCUCCAGUUUUUGAACAGCAAGAAUACUACCUUGAAGUAGUGGAGAAUAAGCCAGUAAAAGAGGACUCCAUAUUGAUUUGUCUCCAAGCAAGAGAUAGAGAUCACUCUCAAUUCUCGAUGAUUCGAUAUUAUAUCGAAGAUGUGGACUUAGUACCUUUCUCGAUUAAUUCGACAACAGGAUGUGUGAGUAGGUUGAAAAUACUCGAUCGUGAAGCUCAAUCGAACUGGAUUUUGAAAAUUAGAGCUGAAGACAAUGGAGAAUAUAUUAAACUUUCCAGCACCGCUAUAUUAAGAAUUCGGGUUUUGGAUGAAAAUGAUAACCCACCUUUGAUUCUAAAUGAGCAUCUAGACAUUUUUAUCUCAGAUGCAAUCAAAACAGAUGAAGUGGUAUACAUAUUAUCAGCAUCUGAUCUGGACGAAGGUGACAUGUUAUAUUACAGUAUUGCUGGUCGAGAUGCUUCGAAUUUUCACAUUAAUCAAAAUGGUGUUAUUACUGCAGUAAAAGAAUUAAUGGUGCAAGAUUACUCGAUUACUGCAAGUGUUUCUGAUCCUGGAAAUUUGAAUGCAUCUGUUGGAUUAGAAUUUUAUACUGCAAAGGCGAUAAAAUUUCCCAUUUUUAAAAAAAUUUCCCAGCAUGUAUUUAACAUUACUGAACAUGCUGAAGACGUUCUGAUCACAAGAUUCAGUGUCUACACAGCAAAUGUUUCAAGUCGAGGAAUCUUGUUCUCGAUUGUCAGUGGUGAUCCAAGGCAUCAUUUUAAUCUUAAUUCUCAAACAGGAGAACUGUUUUCUACCAGUAGAAUAGAUUACGAAUAUAGAAAACAGUACAAUCUAUGGAUUGCAGCAAUUGAUCAGCACACCCAACCAAUGGUUUCAUAUGCAAAUUGUAUUGUGAACAUUAUUGACAUCAAUGAUAACAAGCCUAAAUUUGAAAAAAUUUUUUAUUCAGCAUCUGUAAAAGAAAAUGGUGAAGAAAAUGAAUUAGUCACAAAAGUAACUGCUCAUGAUUCUGACUAUGGUAUGAAUGGUAAAAUAAGAUAUAGUAUGCUGGUCGAUAGUUCCGAUUCAUGGAAAUUUUUUAGAAUCAAUGAAGAAUCAGGAGAGAUUUUUACUGUUUCUAGUUUAGAUGCCGAAAAUUCUAGAGAGCACUUUGUAUACAUCACUGCAGCUGAUCAUGGUACACCGGAGUUGUCUGAAACAAUAACUGUGAAGAUUGAUAUAUUAGAUGAAAACGACAAUUCUCCUCGCUUCUCCAAUCUAUUUCAUGCUUCAGUUCUUGAGAAUGCAGCUGUACGUACGCCAGUACUGCAGGUGACAAGUUACGAUAGUGAUGUAAACAGUACACUUAUAUAUGGUUUGGAAGGAAUCGAUGCUGAUAACUUCUUGAUCGAUCGUCAUACUGGCUUGAUCGUUUUGGCGAAAGAGCUUGAUCGAGAAGAGAGAAAUGAAUAUUCGGUAAAGGUGAAAGCUUGGGAUGGUUUGUGGGAAGUACGAACAUCAUUGAUUAUCAUAAUACAAGACGUCAAUGAUAAUGCCCCGAUAUUUAGCCAAUUAGUUUACGCUUUUCCAGUACUAAGCAAUUCAAAGAUUUUUACUAAAAUUGGCGAAAUUAUGGCACAAGAUGUUGAUUUUGGUUUAAAUGGCAAGCUCUAUUACGACUUAAUUUGUCACAACGAGGCAUUUAUGAUUGUACCGUUUACUGGAUAUAUUUUGUCGAUAAGUAAUCUACAAGAAUAUGUGAAUACUACAAUAAAAUGCUUGGCUUUUGCUACUGAUUAUGGAAUCCCAUCGCUGACUAGUGAAGCUACUGUUUAUAUUUACAUCACUGAUCCUUCUUAUCACAACUCAAUAAUGAAAACCUACGAAUUUGCAAUGCUUCCUGCUACUGAAUCUAAUUCAGUGAUUGGUCAUUUACCGUUUUUAGCAGACUCACAAGAUAAUGUUAUGGUAAAUGACAGCCGUUUUAUGGUCAGUCAAGAUGGCUAUCUUAUAACAAAAACUGCCUUUUCCGAUGACUUGUCCAUUCAGAAGAUUGGAUUUUUAAUAACUACAAGUGAUUUUGUCUUCGCUACGGUUAUUGUUGAGAUUACUGAACCGAAUAUGCAUCGCCCCCAGUUUUCAUUAAACAGAUAUGAGUUUUCUGUUCAUGAAAAUUGUGACUUGCAAACGUCAGUUGGAAGUAUCUUUGCCGAAGAUAGUGAUGAUGGUCUUAAUGGAAGAAUAAUUUAUUAUAUACAGCAUGAUUAUGGUUUCUUACCGUUCUCUGUUCAUGCAAUAACAGGUACCAUAUUCACUACUGGACAACUUGAUUUUGAAGAAAUCAGAUAUUACCAGUUCCUAGUUGUGGCAGUAGACUCCGGUUUCGUUCCCUUGAAUAGUACUGCAGAAGUCGUUCUUGAAAUCAUCGAUGAAAAUGACAACUUACCAGAAUUCGAGAAUUAUCUUGAGCAAUAUACGAUAUCUGAAGAUUCCCCGGUAGGCACUGAAAUCACUUGUUUUAAUGUAAAUGACAUUGAUUCUAAAUCAAACGCAUUUGUUUAUCGUAUUAUUCCGGACUCUACGGUACAAAUACCAUUUGCCAUUAAUGCUACAGACGGUACAUUAUACGUUUCUUCCGUGCUUCAUUAUGAAACAGCUACUGAAUAUAUGCUUCGCGUUCAAGUCAGCGAUUCCGAAAUUUGGGAUGUUCCAAAGCAAACAAAUUUGCAACAUAAAAUUUACAACAAUAUUUUACAUAUAGAAAUCACAGUAGAGCCGUCAUUUCAUGAAGUUGCGGCAUAUUUUGUUCAUCCGCAACGAAGCUUUGAAAUCAGUGCAUCGGCAAGAAAAGACACCAUAAUUGGAAGGAUCGACGCUUUCACUCUGAACGGAAAUUAUCCAAAUCAAAUCUAUUACCGUAUUGUUUCAAAUGACUUAGUAAAGAUAAAUGAUCGUACGGGUGAAAUUUGCGUGAAAAAAAAUUGGAAUGAAACGGGCAGACUAAUAACCGUACAAGUUGCUGUGACUAGCCAGCUCUCACGGAAUUCGACUAUCAUUCCAAAUAUCGGUAAAUUUAUGACAAAGGCAACAAAUUAUAGUUGUAAAGUGUACAUUGCGAUGAAAGAAACUGAAGCUUUUCCACUGCUGCAACCAUAUUAUAAUUUCUCACUGCUUGAAACUGAUAAUGAUGAUGAUUCAAACGAAAUAAUUGUUCUUCACCGGUUACCACAGGACUCUCGUCUUGAAAUCAUCAAUGAUGGACUCAGUGAUAUAGGACAGUUGCCAUUUUGUAACAAUGGUUCAGGAAGUAUCAAGUUAUGUCGUCAAAUUAAUUAUAAGCAACCUACUAUUUAUCAUUUAAAAAUAGCUAUUAUUCAACAUGAUAUUGUACGUUCUCGUGCUUCUCUAACGAUUACUGUAAGUAAUAACGCCACGAUAGCAGAACAGAUUACUCUGGUUGGCUAUACUCCGGAAAAUUCCCCUCCUGGGACUCCUAUUAUUAAGCUUCCACUAUUUGAUAUGGAAAUGAUUUCUGGGAAGCAAUUACCAUUCAGAUACAAAAUAGUUGAUAACGAUUUAUCUCAGGUCUUCGCUAUCAAUGAAACUACGGGUGUGCUAUCAAAUAUCAAAAUUUUGGAUCGUGAAAAUCGUCCUCUUUAUAUUCUUCACGUAACAGUUAGCAGUAUUCAUGCGUAUGAACGUUUCACUAGUUAUCAAAUUCGAGUUCAUGUUGAUGAUCAGGAUGAUAAUCUACCUGAAGAACUACUUCGUACUAUCGAUUUAAGAUUUGUAGCAGAUCAAAUUGCUGAAACUGGAAUCACCGUGCAUAUCACUCCUGUUGAUAUGGAUCAUGUUGGAAUGUAUGAAUGCUACUCAGCCGAUGCUACUCAACUUAAUCAUGUUUUUGGAAAAAACUGCUCACUAAAAUUAGAUGGCGAUUCACUGAACUUAGACCAUUUUCGUGAUAAUUCAAUAUUUGUGACAGCUUCCAGUCAUAAUACAAAUGUAACAUUUCCAAUAAAAUUACGAAUGGAACGAGAUACGCUGCAGAAAUCAUUUUUCGAAGAAUCAGCUAUUGUCAUUGAAUUGUGGAGUGAUGAAAGAUGCAUAGCCGACAGUUUAGCUACAUUUGAAGAAUUAUACCAGAAUUUAACACUCCAACUUUUCGGCAUAGAGCAAUUUAGCGAAUUAGACUUUUUCCGCAUGUUCGUUGCAGUUCUUGAUGAAAAUUCCGCUCCACUCAGUAAAAUAAAAAGCUCGCAAAUACUUGAAGAUUUUUUUACCAGCAAAUCCAUCUUCAUACAUCUAAAGCAGAUUGCUGAAAAUGUUUGUUCUACUUCUGAUAAAUGUAUUCAUGGCUCUCAAUAUUCUCGCAAUGUGAAAAUAACUAAUGAAGUAAUGGAAUUAGUUGGUUAUAAGACAACCUUUGUUGUUCCGCUAGUUAAGAGACGAGCAGAGGAUCAAACAAGAUGCGCUGAAAGUACAGGAUGCCAGAAUGGUGGUACGUGCAUGCUGUACUCAGAUACCUGUCAUUGUCGCAAGGGUUACAUUGGUAAAUUUUGUGAAAAUGAUAUCGAUGAGUGCGAAAUUCCAAACAUUUGUGGCAAUGCUAAGUGCUUGAAUCUACCUGGUUCAUUUGUUUGUUCUUGUGAAAGUAGCAAUACUGUAAGAGCUCCACUACAGUGCAGCAGCAGUUAUGAUAACGACAUUUGCAAUAAAUGCCACAGAGGGAAAUGCUUUAAAGAAGAUGAUGACAAGUAUUCAUGUAAAUGUGAUCAAGGCUACACUGGUCGUUACUGUCAGCUGAAAUCUCGAUGUUUUGAUGGGCCCUCAUCAUUAAUUAAUUUUACUUUCGAGAAUGCAAUCUUCAAAUUUACUCUAGGCUUCAAAACUUCAAGUCAGUCGGGUUUGUUGGUAAUGAUUUACGGAUCCAGCAAGUUCACACUUACUUUAGCAUUGCAAAACGGCCACAUUCGUUUACUCAGCUCAACGGAAGGCAAAAAAAUGGAGUUAUUGAUAAAUGAAGAAGUGGGCGAUGGCAAGUGGAAGUUGAUUCGUUUUCAGUACAAGCAUCAAACAUUGAAAUUAACGCUGGAAAAUUGCGAUGAAGAUGGUUUCUGUAGACCAUGUAAUAACUCUCGCUGUUUUACUGCGACAAAGGAUUUUAAAAUUUUAAUUUUGUUACGUCCUUCUGAUACUUUUGAAACAUCUUAUAAGCUUCCAAACGAUCCAACUGGUGGGCUAAAAAAAAUAAGGUUGUUUGUUUGUGAGCAGAGCUUCGCUAAGAAUGCCAUAGCUGAUUUUGAAGGCUGCAUGCGUCAGCUUGUUAUGAACGAUUACAAUAUCGAAAAUAUUAUCAAUUCACCAGAGCAGGAGAUUGAAAAAGAAGAUGAAUUAAAAACAUGCGCAAAUGAUAAUGAUGAUGCGGAAACGACGGAUAUUUGUUUAGGUGGUAUUUGUGUUAACGAUGACAACCAUUAUAGGUGUAUAUGUAAAGAUGGUUAUGAUGCAGUAAACUGCCAUAAAGCGAUUGAACCAUGGUAUUUUAACAAUGGAGGUGUUGUUUUCCGCCUUUCCGCGUUCAUCAUUCAUCAAAUUAAGUUUACGACAUUGAAUGCUUCCAUUAAAAUAUCAUCUCGAAGACAUGAGCGCAGUCUCACUGAUCAUAACAAAGAAACAUUACGUGAGAUUCCGUGUGAGGAAUCUGAAAUUGAAGGCGACAUAAUAGAUGAUAUUUCGGCACAAUGGAUGGAACUGGAUUUUCGAACAGCUCUGGAGAAUACCAUAAUUUUAAUGAUCAUCGAAGAAAGAAAAUACAGUAAGAUUGAGCUGAUAAAUGGAUCCGCUUAUUUGAUAGCAAAAUUGCAAGGUGCUAAGCCAGUACAAGUGCAUAUAGAAAGUGAUUUGAAUGACAUGAAGUGGCAUCGUUUAAGCUUGCAGAUCAGCGAAGAUCAAAGACUUCUUCGAGUCGAGGCAAGUUGUAGUCAGAAUCUCAUUCAAAUUGAUGGACAUGGAAAAGAAAUUAAAUCAGAAGAACAAUUGCCAACUUUGAUCUCUGUUUCUCUGAAGUUUGUAUCACUAGGGGAAGACCCUAUGGAGAAUAGAAGUGCUGCAUUUAGCGGAUGUUUCAGGCGUUUAAUUGUCAACAAUCAAGCACAAAGUUUUGACAGUUUAGAACGAAAUCUGUUAUCACAACAAAUUUACAGAAGUAUUCGUCAUAAUGGAGUACAGAAGGGUUGCGAUCAUUUAUCGACUAUUAGAGUUAAUAUAGCCUUACUAAAGAGGGAAGCAUUCUGGAUCUUAAUGCUUAUUUUAUUCAUUCUGUUUCUGUUCCUCACCUUGAUAGUUCUUUUUUGGUUUCUACGAAGACAACCUUCUAGUCGGAAUAAACAAAAAGGACGAAAAAAAUGGUGGAAAACAAAGUUUCUGAAAUUACUCUUCGUAUUAACGUCGAACUCUGAUAAUAGUGAAGAGGUCAGUAAUGGAGACAGUAAUCGGAUAGCUCCUCAGCAAGCCAUUUACUUCAGUUCCAGCGCAACACUAAAUAACAAUGAGGUAGAUUAUUCGGAGCAAUUAUUGAAUUAUUUAUUACCAUAA